UUAAAAAUUAUUAUACCUCGCACUCUUCCAUAGUCAAGGGAAAAUUUCCAAAAAACAGGUAUCGAUACAUGUACUUUCUAGAGGGCGGGUUACCCUUUCCGGAAGAGGGUGGCUGACAGGCGGGCCGAAAAACAGGGUCAAACACCCGAAGGGAAGCCAUGGCAACGUGGCCAGGACACGGGUCUUGGGACGGGUGUGGUUUUACCUUUGUUUACAAGCAGCCCAGGCAGAAAGUGUCAGGAUUUGAGAAAGCGAAGCCAGAAUGAGCACGCGAAAUGUGAUGAUCACGGACCUGGAUCAACCAGAUCCGGAGCAACACCAGCAGCAGCUGCAGCCGAAGAGGAACCGGAAGGUCCUUCAGACGCUGUCGGGUAACUUUAGUCGUCGCUCACGUAGCGUAGAGGUGGAAGUGAAACAACGACAGGAUAUCUCGGGCUCUGUGCAAAAGGACCGCAGGAAAGAGCGAUCCUUCAACACGUUGUUGCAGGCCAAGGAACAGCAAUUGGAACAGCUUGUCCAGCGGUUAGCCACCCUGCAUCGGUACAACGACCAAUUCGCCAAGGAGAACGACCAACUCCGACAGGAUAAUGGUCAACUGGAACGGCGUCUGGCUGAGGCAGAGCAGCAGGUGGCCAACUGCACUCGCUGCCAGCAGCUUGGUCAGCGCAUGGACACUGUUCUUGGACAGAAUAAAACGCUAUCCAGUGACGUGGACAUGCUUAAGACCCUUGUCUUCAGACUAAAUGUGCAGAUCGAGAGCUACCAGGACCAAAGACGACACGGGGAGGAAGCUUUACCAUGUGGAGGAUCCGCGAAAGCAAACUCGUCAUCUGCAUCAUGUCCACCGUUACCAACCCACACGCUGGGUCCACUCCUGCAGGCCUACGAUGAGUCAUUAAGGGAUAAGGAUGCACUCUUGGCUCAAUUUAACACUGAGUUCGAACACUUUACCGGGGAACUAAAGAGAGCUUUGGAGGAGAACACCAAACUGCUGCAAUCCCAGGAGCAACUGCGCCGCGAUCUUGGCGGCUGGCGUGAAGAGCGCGUGUGCCUACAGGCCCAGUUAGGCGUUUGCCGCUCCAAGGCAGAGGCCCAGACCCGCAAGACAGACUUGGCCAAGGAAAAGCUGGUGGAAGUGAUGCACUGCUAUGAACAGCGCACGCAGACACUGCUUCUGGACAUGGACCACCUGCAGGCUGCUUAUGCGCGAACUAAAUCAGAAUUGGCAGCCCUUAAAAGUGUUCCAUCUGCUCCUGCACCUGCACCUGCUCCGGUUCAACAACCUGUUCCCGCCGAAUCGGAAGCUGUGAAUCAGUGCAAAGCCCUGCUGGAGCAAUUGAGACAGGAGCACGCAAGGGAGCGAGCCUCUCUCCAGGAUCAGCUGCAAGCAACAACCGCACGAGCAGCUUCACUCGUCCGUAGCACCGAGAAGGCCAAACACGGUAGAGAUCGGCUAAAGGCUCGCCUGAGAAUGGCUCUGCAAUGGGCGCAAAAGCUAGAGGCUGGUCAAGCCGAGGUACGCGACACAUAUGAGUCGGUGCGUCGUCUGGAAGUGCUUGUCCAGCACAAAGAGUCGCAACUUCGCGGACUCCACGCCCGAAAUGCUGAGGAGCUGGACAAGUUGCGCCACAAACUGCAGCAGAAGGACGAAACGAUACGCACGCUGCUAAGAGGCAAGAUGGAGCGGAGACCAGCGGUGGAUUAACUACUAAAAUAUAGUUUUUAACAAUUAAAAAUAUAUAAUUUCAAUACAAAAUACAUUAAUAACUUA